AAUGGAAAUGGUCGUGUGUCUAUUGUGUCGGGAAGAGAUGGGCGUAGGCCAGCCCCCUCAUCUAAUAUUCAGCCUGUAGUGAGGGGGGGAUGCUGAGCGUGAGCCAGGCAGUGCCCUGUUGAUAGUGUGUGCGAGUAAGCAAGGGAUAAAGAUUGGUGUUGAAUAGCCAAAUAAAUAUAAGCUUCACCCUACACCAAGUGGUGUCUAUAGGGGGGUUAGCAGUCAGCCAUGGAUACCUCCACCUCCCUGAAGAUGACCUCUCUGGCCGUUCAGAGUCUGUUCAGCUACGUGGAGGAGGAGAACCUCACAGCCAUCAAAGCACAUUUGGACAAGUUCAAAGAUGUGGACAGCAGGAGUGAUAAUGGACAGACUCCGCUGAUGGUGGCGUCAGAGCAGGGCAAUGUGGAGAUAGUACAGGAGCUUCUAAGGAGAGGAGCCAACGUUAACUUGGACGAUGUUGACUGCUGGACGGCGUUGAUCUCGGCAGCGAAGGAGGGCCACAUCGAGGUGGUGAGAGAACUGCUGGAGAACAAUGCUAACCUGGAACAUCGAGACAUGGGAGGGUGGACUGCUCUCAUGUGGGGAGCCUACAAAGGUCAUACAGAUGUGGCCCAGAUGCUCAUGGACAAAGGAGCUAACCCCAACAUCACCGGACAGUACAGCGUCUACCCCAUUAUCUGGGCGGCAGGUCGAGGCCACGCAGAGAUUGUCCAUCUCCUGCUGCAGCACGGAGCCAAGGUCAACUGCUCGGACAAGUAUGGCACCACUCCUUUGAUCUGGGCAGCGAGGAAAGGCCACUACGACUCUGUGAUGCACCUUCUGGCCAACGGAGCUGAUGUGGACCAAGAAGGAGCCAACUCCAUGACGGCUCUGAUUGUGGCAGUGAAAGGUGGCUAUACAGAGGUUGUAAAGGAGCUGCUGAAGAGUAACCCAAACGUCAACAUGACCGACAAGGAUGGCAACACCGCCCUCGCCAUUGCUGCCAAGGACGGUCACACCGAGAUCGUACAGGACCUGCUGGAUGCCGGCACCUAUGUCAAUAUCCUGGACAGGAGUGGGGAGACGAUGCUGAUUGGAGCGGUGAGAGGAGGCCAUGUGGAGAUAGUCCGAGCUCUGCUGAACAAAUACGCUGAUAUUGACGUCAGGGGAAUGGAUGGAAAGACUGCCCUCUACUGGGCAGUGGAGAAAGGCAACGCCUCCAUGGUGAGAGACAUCCUGCAGUGUAACCCGGACACCGAAAGCUGCACUAAGGAUGGAGAGACCCCACUCAUCAAAUCCACAAAAAUGAGGAACAUAGAGAUCGUGGAACUCCUGCUGGAUAAAGGAGCCAAGGUGUCUGCAGUGGAGAAGAAAGGAGACACGCCGCUCCACAUUGCCAUCAGAGGGCGCAGCAGAAAGCUGGCUGAGCUGUUGCUGAGGAACCCUAAAGAUGGCCGCCUGCUCUACCGCCCCAACAAAGCUGGAGAAACACCAUACAACAUUGACUGCACCCACCAGAAAAGCAUCCUCACACAGAUAUUUGGAGCCAAGCACCUCUCCCCCUCUGAGUCUGAUGGAGACAUGUUGGGUUAUGACCUGUAUAGCAGUGCUCUAGCAGACAUCCUGAGUGAGCCCACCAUGCAGCCCCCGAUCUGCGUUGGCCUGUACGCCCAGUGGGGCAGCGGCAAAUCCUUCCUUCUUAAGAAACUGGAGGAUGAGAUGAAGACCUUUGCAGGCCAGCAGAUAGAGCCCUUGUUCCAGUUCUCCUGGCUGGUGGUCUUCCUCACCCUGCUGCUCUGCGGCUCACUGGCUAUGGUUCUGGGAUUUACUGUCGAUCCCCAGCUGGCAAUCGCCGUCUCCCUCAGCCUCCUCGCUCUGCUCUACAUCUUCUUUGUGUUGGUGUACUUUGGAAGUCGGCGUGAGAGGGAGAGCUGGCACUGGGCGUGGGUCAUCAGCACCCGUCUGGCUCGCCAAGUCGGUUACAUGGAGCUGCUGCUCAAACUGAUGUUUGUCAACCCCCCCGAACUUCCUGAGCAGACCACCCGCGCACUGCCUGUCAGGUUCCUGUUCACAGACUACAACCGUCUGUCCAGUGUUGGAGGGGAGACCUCCAUGGCUGAGAUGAUCGCCACGCUCUCUGAUGCCUGUGAGAGAGAGUUUGGCUUCAUGGCCUCCAGGCUCUUCAGGGUUUUCAAGAAAGAUGAGAUCCAAGGUAAGAAGUGGAAGAAAACAUGCUGCGUUCCCUCCUUCGUGCUGUUUGUCUUGACACUGGGAUGCCUGAUCACUGGUGUGGCCCUGUUGGCCAUCUUUAAGGUGGACCCUAAUAACUUCACAGUAAAUGCAGUGCUGAUAGCCAUGGCCAGUGUGGUGGGUCUGGCCUUACUGCUCAACUUCAGGACCUGGUGGCAGGUGGCUGACUCCGUCCUCAACUCCCAGAGGAAACGUCUGCACAGUGCUGCCAACAACUUACAUAAACUCAAGAGUGAAGGGUUUAUGAAGGUUCUGAAGCAUGAAGUGGAACUAAUGUCAAAAAUGGCCAAAACCAUUGAUGGCUUUACCCAGAACCAGACACGAAUGGCCGUCAUCAUCGACGGACUGGACGCCUGUGAGCAGGACAAAGUUCUGCAGAUGCUGGACACGGUCAGGGUACUCUUCUCCAAAGGGCCUUUUAUUUCCGUUUUUGCCAGUGACCCCCAUAUCAUCAUCAAAGCUAUCAACCAAAACCUCAACAGUGUGCUGAGAGACUCCAACAUCAACGGACACGACUACAUGAGGAACAUCGUCCACCUGCCAGUAUUCCUCAACAGCAGAGGCCUCAGCACGGCCAAAAAGCUCUGCACCGCUGCCCCCGUCAACGGAGAGCCACUUCCUGCUGAGGGAUGGCAUGAAGACUUGGACAGGAAGAUGUCUCAGACCAGCAUGGACCAGGCCAAGUUUGGCAGCAAGAACGCCCUCAACCGCAGGGACACAUACAGGCGUCGGCAGAUGCAGAGGACCGUCACGAGACAGAUGUCCUUCGACCUGACCAAGCUGCUGGUGACUGAGGACUGGUUCAGCGACAUCAGCCCACAGACCAUGAGGAGGCUGCUCAACAUAGUCUCCAUUACAGGUCGUCUGUUGAGGGCCAAUCAGAUCAUCUUCAACUGGGACCGGCUGGCCUCUUGGAUCAACCUGACCGAGGAGUGGCCUUACAGAACGUCAUGGAUCAUCCUCUUUCUGGAAGAGAACGACGGAGUGUCCGACCACACUGCUCUCAAGACCAUCUAUGAGAGAAUUUCUAAGAACAUCCCCACCACUAAGGACGUGGAGCCGCUGCUGGAGAUCGAUGGAGACAUCCGCAGCUUUGAGGUCUUCCUGUCCUCCAGGACCCCCGUGCUCGCUGCCAAGGAUGUGGAGAUGUUCCUGCCCUGCACUGUCAACCUGGACCCCAAACUCAGGGAGAUCAUAGCAGAUGUGCGUGCCGCCAGGGAGCAGAUGCACAUCGGAGGAGUGACCUAUCCCACGCUGCCCCUGCAGGAAGCUCUGCCCCGCCCCCAUUCAGGUUAUGGCCAGCACUCUGCCGCCUGCUCUCCAGCGGGCUCCUUCGCCGGGUCACUGCCCCCUCCUCAGCCUCACAGUGCCUACUUCAGUGGGAUGACCGGCCCUCAGCACCCCUUCUAUAACCGGCCUUAUUUCCCCCAUCAUGUGUAUCACCUGCCUCGGCCUUACUCCCACCACCAUGUCCCCCCAUACUCGCGUCCCUCCAUUAAACCACCUGGUCAACUUAAGGACAACCCCAAUGGACUUCAUUUAAAGUCGCUGCCUUACAAAUUAAAGCAGGUCUCUUCUGCGGCCCUGCUGAGCUCCAUGAACACAGAUGCAGUGUGUGAGCGGCUCAGGCAGUUAGAUGGAAUCGACCCCAGCAUGCUGCCUCAGUACGCCUCCACCAUCAAGAAGGCCAAUAUAAAUGGCCGAGUGCUCUCUCAGUGCAACCUGGACGAGCUGAAGAAAGAGAUGGAGAUGAACUUUGGGGACUGGCAGCUCUUCAGGGGAACGGUGAUGGAGCUACGUCAUGCUGAAAGCCACGCUCUGAUCCAAGACGAGUCCCGAGCUGCGAGCGAGCAGGGCAGCAGCGUGCACCACGGGGAGCCCAGCAGGCGCUCGGGGGGGGCCCAGCAUGAAGCAGCGGCCUUCAGCCUGAACCUCAGCUUCGAGGAGCUGAGCGGAGCGGGGCUCGAGGAACCUCCGAGACACAGCAACAACACACACUGGCCGGUUGCAAAUCUUCGUGCCUCGAGCAUGUCCAGCCUCAACUCUCAGGAAUCCUCUAAUGACAUCUGCAAGCUGACAGACAAGCAGCAGGCGGAGUACCAUGACGCCUACAAGGAAUACAUCGCUCAGAUGGCCCAGGUGGAGAUGUCCGGCACUGGGGGGGAGAGGCCGGUGCAGCCCCUACCGGGACAGUUCCUCCAGGCUGCCAGCUCAGAGGACAAAGGGGCCAAGGAAGGCGCUGACCAAGACAGCCGCAAGUCCUUCAACAAGAGAGGCUCCAAGACUAGUGACGCCACAGACUUCUCCUCAGGGGCCGAUGCCCUGCCUCUAGACCCCAUCAGUGAAGAGGACGAGAAGCUGGACCACAGCACAUCGUCCAGGACGCCGGGCUCCAGGAAGAAGGGAGCCGGGUCUCUGUACCACAAGCUGCCCAACGAUGAAGACUCCGGGCCAGAAGAAGCUGACAACACCACACCUCUCCUCCAUGAAGAGGAUCGAGUCCAGUCCAGCGGGCUGCUGGCCAAGCCUGGCUUCCUCUCCGAAAUCCUCCUGGAUAAGAAGGACUCGUCGGACUCGGGGAUGCGCUCCAGCGACAGCUCCUCAGACCGCUCCCUGGAAGAGGCUGAAGGAGACGGAGAAGCUCUGAAGCCCAGUCUGAUCGAGCUGGAGCUGGAGGGCCUGGUGAAGAAGAGAGGUCUCCUCCCCAGCAGCCUGAGCGGCCUGCAGGACGUCCGCAUGUCCAUCUGCUCCGAGGCCGCGUCCGAGGCCAGCUUCAUGGCCAGCAGCCCAGAUGAGGGCUGGCCGUCCAGCGGGGUCGGCAAUCUCAACUGCACCCCCGGCAACAGCACCCUUAAUGACAACGCACACAGCCCUGACGACCCUUACACCAACAACAGCCAUCUGCAGCAGGCUAGCAUGACAGGCACGGAGUCCACCAUCUCCUCCUCCAGCAUCGACGACUCGCCAGCUGUCAUCAUCACCCCCGGCAGCAGCAGCACUGCCAACACCACAACUGCAGCCAUCCACAACCAGAACCUGCGCACCAUCAGCCUGGGAGACGAGAUAGAGAGCGCCCUCUGAGGAGCUGCCGACUGUGUGACAAGGGUCAUGUAGACUUUUUCAUGUUGUUGUGCAUUAUUGUGCUGUUGGUGUUGUGACUUGUUCCAAAGAACUAGAUAUUAGGAAGGAAAUGUAGAAAGUGUUGCUGUGAAUCAAGAUUAGUAAACAAAAGCGUCAAUUAUUUGGUUAGUUAAAAAAAAUAACUUUUAUUUAAACAAUUGAUGCAUCCAAACAAGUGGUAAUUAAUGAUACCAAAAAUGCUUCAGUCAGGUCAAAUUGGGAUUGCUUAACUUUCCAAUACAAUUGGAAUAUUAAAUUAUUAUGUGAAAGUGAUGCGGUUAUGGAUAUAGUGUGUCUAGUGAUGAAAUGUUACAUGUUGUGGAUAUCAUAUUGUUACAGAAAGAAACGUGUGUAUUUGAGGAAAUGUAGUAAUGACCGAUAAAACAAGGUUCUGUGUUGCGGAAGACUAUUGUCUCCGCAGUGUGCAGUGGUGUGUUUGGUAGAUGGAAUGUCUCAAAUAGAUGACAGUGUACACAGUGGUGCAGUCAGUGUGUUCUUGGCAGGUUAUGUAGUAGUAUAAGUGCAUGCACUAGUUUCCAAAGUGAUUGUCUCUUCCAAAUUGUGAACGGGUGUUGUGUGAAUCAAUAAAGAUUCUGCUAUGUUGACCCUUGAAA